UUAAAAGUGAAAAAUAUUAAAAAUAUAAAAUAAAUAUGAGCGACGAAGAUGAAAAAUCCAGUAGAAAACGUAGUAAUGAAAAUGCUAAUGGUGAUGGUGACGAAGAUGACAAUGGCUGGAUAGGACCUAUGCCUACGGAGCAGUCAGCUGUUUCGAAACCGAAGAAAAAGAAAGUCUUGCCGUAUGAACAAAUUUAUUUGGAAAAUAUGCCCGAUGCAGAGUGCUAUGAGAAAAGUUAUAUGCAUCGCGAUGUAAUAACCCAUUUGGUGGUAACAAAAACAGAUUUCAUUGUAACGGGCAGCAUUGAUGGUCACAUAAAAUUUUGGAAAAAAAUGGAGGAGGGCAUAGAGUUUGUUAAACAUUUUCGCAGUCAUUUGAUGCCAAUUCAUUCCUUAACGACUAAUGCUGGUGGUUCUUUGCUAUGUUCCGCAUCGGCUGAUAAAUGUGCCAAAAUUUUCGAUGUCAUCAAUUUUGAUAUGAUAAAUAUUAUCAAAUUGGGCUUUACACCUGGGACAACUUGUUGGAUUCAUUCGCCGGGAGAUGCUGUGCAAAGUUUAGCAAUAUCAGAUAAGGACAGCAAUAAAAUCCAUAUAUAUGAUGGUCAAGGUAAUGGUGACGUUUUGCAUACUUUGGAUAGAUUGCAUUCUGCUCCUGUCAUUGCAAUGUGUUACAAUUUACCCAUGGAUUGUGCCAUUUCCGUGGACCGUAAUGGCAUAUUAGAAUAUUGGCAAAACUCCAAAUAUGAUUAUAAAUUUCCGCAGAAACAUGUUAGUUUUGAAUCAAAAUUGGAUACAAGUCUUUUCGAAUUUGCUAAAUGCAAAACAUUAGUAACUGGACUAACCGCUUCUCAGGAUGGCCGUCGUUUCGCCUCAAUCUCUACAGAUCGCAAAAUUAGAGUAUUUCAAUUUCAAACUGGAAAACUGAUACGAGUGUUUGAUGAAGCUUUGGCAACAUAUACACAAAUGCAACAAACACCGCAUGCUUUACCAAAUAUGGAGUUUGGCAGAAGAAUGGCUUCAGAGCGUGAUUUGGAAAAGUCCGAUUUUAAUAUGAGCAAUAAUAUAAUUUUCGAUGUUACGGGACAUUUUCUACUCUACCCCACCAUGAUUGGCAUCAAAUUGAUAAACAUUGAAACAAAUCGUUGUGUUAGUAUCUUAGGUAAAACUGAUAACAUUCGGCCACUGCACAUAGCACUCUUCCAAGGCAAAGGAAGAAAAAGUAAGGCGGCCAUAACACUUGAACAGGAAGCUAGUGAAAACCCAGCAUUGCAAUCUACCUCUAAUGAUCCUACACUAUUUUGUACCGCCUACAAAAAGCAAAGAUUUUAUAUGUAUACCAGACGUCUGCCUUCAGACCUGCAGGAUGUGGAUCGCGAUGUAUUCAAUGAGAAACCAACAAAAGAAGAUAUCAUUGCUGUACCUGAAGGGCAAGGUGUACAAAAAAUGUAUGAAAAUGUCACCAUACACACAACCUUGGGCGAUAUACACAUGAAAAUGUUCUACAAGGAAUGUCCCAAAACUGUGGAAAACUUUUGUGUUCAUGCCAAAAAUGGCUACUACAAUGGUCAUAUCUUCCAUCGGGUUAUUAAAGGUUUUAUGAUACAAACUGGUGAUCCCACUGGAACUGGCACUGGUGGUAAAUCGAUAUGGGGCAGUGAUUUUAAAGACGAAUUUGUUCAAACCUUGAAACAUGAUCGCCCUUAUACGGUUAGCAUGGCCAAUGCUGGCCCUAAUACAAAUGGCAGUCAAUUCUUUAUAACUGUUUUGCCAACGCCUUGGCUUGACAAUAAGCAUACAGUCUUUGGUCGUGUCUACAAAGGCAUGGAAGUGGUACAAAAUAUAUGCAACUCAAAAACAAAUCCCAAAACUGACAAACCCUAUGAUGAUAUUAAAAUAAUUUCAAUACACUUAAGUAAUUAAAUAAUAAUUAAGAACAAAAAUAACACAAACGCAUAAAUGAAAACCAACAAAAAAAUUUUGGCAAGUGUUAAGGAGCAUCAUGAAUUUAAUUAACAGAAUGUUCCAGGAAAUUUUCAACCACAACCACUCUAAAACAAAUCCCAAAACUGACAAACCCCAUGAUGAUAUAAAAAUAAUUUCUAUACACUUAAGUAAUUAAAUAAUAAUUAAGAAAAAAAAAAUAACACAAAAACAUAAAUGAAAAGCAACAAAAAAUAUCCGCAAGCAUUAAGGAGUGCCAUGAAAUUAAUUAGCAGAAUGUUCCAGGAAAUUUUCAAUCAUUACCUAAUUUUUUGCAUUAUGGUUGGUAUUCAACAACAUCAUUUAAAAAAAUAUGAUUUUAAAUGUUAGAAAUGUUGACACAGCUGCUAAGAAAAUACUUAAGCCUGGACAUAUGCUGGAUCAGAUGGUAAGUAAACGAAAAUAAUCUAAGAAUACAUUAUGAAUAUGAAAAUAAACUUGGAUCUGUAUAUAAA